AUUUCUACAGCCCGUGUACAUGUGAUUUCGGAUGAGACAGCGGCUGGUCUAUGAAAGCGCACCUGCUGUCGUUGCGAAGGGUUCGCCUGCGAUCAACACUUCUAGCAGUUUGGUCUCUAAUUGCGACACUGACGAGCUUUUGGGGAAUCUUUGGCAGUCGUGAUGAAAAUGCUUCAAGCUCAUCAACUUGUCUGCCUUGUCAUGGCAUUACCCGGGAGAGCUCGGUGAACACCUCUAUGCGUCUCAAAGGGUUUCAGAAAUCAGAUCCCCUGGAAACUGAGCCUAGUUUUUCCUGCUACUCCUCCAAGAGUAGUCAUCCUCGCAAAAACCAGGGAAAAUUGCCUACCAUAUAUGUCAUUACCCCAACGUACGAGCGACCAGCACAAUUGGCAGAUCUAACCCGGAUGGCGCAAACGCUGGCUCACGUGGCUGAGCUCUUUUGGGUGCUUGUGCAGGAUAGUCGUGAAAGGGAACCCCUCGUCCACGACUUCCUGCGUUACACGAACAUCAAUUACACCUACAUAACUGGUUCGUAA